AUGGCUGUGUUUUCCCAGAGCUCUGUCCGCACUGCUGCUAAAAAUACCCCGGUGCGAGGUGUUCAGAGACCGGGCUCGUGGACACUUUGCUCUUGUGGAGUUGAUAAGCAGGUGAAGAGGCUCGCAGUGAAGGUGUUGCACCGGUCGACUGUGCCGCCGCUUCACCUCACACCCCUUUUAGGGUCCGACAGGCCGCCGCGCAUCCAGCCGCACGAUACUGGCAUAAUAUUCAGUCUUUUCAUUAUGUGCACUAUUUUGACCAACUGCUGCUUCAUGGCCAUGUCUGAACCUGCGCAGUGGGCCAAAUACGUCGAGUACACGUUCACUGGCAUUUACACGUUUGAGUCGUUGAUAAAGAUCCUGGCGCGGGGCUUCUGCAUCAACCCCUUCACCUUCCUGAGGGACCCCUGGAACUGCCUGGACUUCAGCGUGAUUGUUAUGGCAUAUGUUACUGAGUUUGUGGACCUGGGCAAUGUCUCAGCGUUACGGACAUUCAGGGUUCUGCGAGCACUGAAAACUAUCUCAGUCAUCCCAGGCCUGAAGACCAUCGUGGGCGCGCUGAUCCAGUCGGUGAAGAAGCUGGCAGACGUCAUGAUCCUGACGGUCUUCUGUCUCAGCGUCUUCGCUCUCAUCGGCCAGCAGCUCUUCAUGGGGAACCUGCGGCAGAAAUGCGUCCGCAGCACCGCGCACUGUCUCAACACCACCUUACCUUCAUACAACAACAGCACUUUCUUCUGCAAUAACAGAACCUGGUCCUCGCUGGAGGACUUCAUCACUAAUGAAGAUAAUUUCUUCAAAGUGGAGGGAGCCAAGGAUGCCUUAAUAUGUGGGAACGCAAGUGAUGCUGGCAAAUGUCCAGAUGGUUUCGAAUGUAUGAAGACCGGACGAAACCCGAACUACGGCUACACCAGCUUCGACACCUUUGGAUGGGCUUUUCUCUCGCUUUUCAGACUCAUGACACAAGAUUACUGGGAAAACCUCUAUCAUCACACGCUGCGCUCGGCGGGAAAAGCGUACAUGGUGUUUUUUGUGCUGGUGAUCUUCCUGGGCUCCUUUUACCUGGUGAACCUGAUCCUGGCUGUGGUGGCCAUGGCAUACGAGGAGCAGAACCAGGCCACCAUCGCAGAAGCCCUGCUGAAAGAACAAGAGUUUCAGCUCGCCAUGGAGCAGCUGAAGAAGGAACAGCAGACGCUGCGCUCGGCGGGAAAAGCGUACAUGGUGUUUUUUGUGCUGGUGAUCUUCCUGGGCUCCUUUUACCUGGUGAACCUGAUCCUGGCUGUGGUGGCCAUGGCAUACGAGGAGCAGAACCAGGCCACCAUCGCAGAAGCCCUGCUGAAAGAACAAGAGUUUCAGCUCGCCAUGGAGCAGCUGAAGAAGGAACAGCAGGCGGCUCAGAAAGCACAAGAAACCGAGUCCAUCUUGACGGCCGACGUGUCGCCGUUCUCCUCACAAGGCAAAGGGAAUCUGGACCGGAGGAAAAGCUCGAGGCUGCUGUCAGAAGGAACGGAGGAUGGCAGCAACGACAAAUCAGCCAAGAUGGACACUAUAGAGGGAAUGAAGCAAACGCACUCUUUGCUGGUCCGCACUCUCUCCUUACGGGCCAGACGGGAGAGUCAGGUCAGCAUCUUCAACUUCCGGCUGCCAAACAAAGACUCGGAGGUGGAUUUCGCCGACGAUGAGUUCAGCAAUCACGGCGAUUCGGACAGUCGCGGCGGGGCGCUGGCUCUGCCCUGGAGCAAGAGAAGGACCAGCGCUCAGAGCACCUGCAGCCACAGCUCGCAGUUCUUCUUCCCGAGUCUCAACAUCAACGGGAAACUCUUCGUGGCCAUAGACCAGAACGGCAUCUCGGGCCAGGGACCGCUGUCUCCUCUGCCGCUGCCGACCUGCACCAUGGAGAAGGUCAAGGAGGAGAGCGGACACAACUCCAGCAAUGAGCUGAGCAGUAUGCUGCUGCCCCAGCUGCCCCAGGAGGGCCGAGAUCGGGCCCUGAGCGCCACCAGCUACAUCACUGACGCCAUGGAAGAGCUGGAGGAGGCGCAGCAGAAGUGUCACCCAUGCUGGUACGUGUUUGCACACAAGUACCUGGUGUGGACGUGUGGCCCCAGCUGGCUGAAGGUGAAGGAGUGGGUGAAGUUCAUGGUGAAUGAUCCGUUCCUGGAUCUGACCAUCACUAUCUGCAUCGUUCUCAACACGCUCUUCAUGGCUCUGGAGCACUAUCCCAUGACAGACGAGUUCAACCGCAUGCUGUCUGUGGGGAACCUGGUGUUCACAGGCAUCUUCACAGCGGAGAUGGUCCUGAAGAUCAUCGCUCUGGAUCCGUAUUAUUACUUUCAGCAGGGCUGGAACAUCUUUGACAGUCUGAUCGUGAGUCUGAGCCUCAUGGAGCUGGGUUUGUCCAAUGUGGAGGGUCUGUCUGUCCUGCGCUCCUUCAGACUGCUGAGAGUCUUCAAGCUGGCGAAGUCGUGGCCGACGCUGAACACGCUCAUAAAGAUCAUCGGGAACUCGGUGGGCGCUCUGGGGAACCUGACGCUGGUUCUGGCCAUCAUCGUCUUCAUCUUCGCCGUGGUCGGCAUGCAGCUGUUCGGGAAGAACUACGAGUCGUGCGUCUGCAAGAUCUCCAGGGACUGUACGCUGCCCCGCUGGCACAUGAAGGACUUCUUCCACUCGUUCCUCAUCGUUUUCCGGGUCUUGUGCGGAGAGUGGAUCGAGACCAUGUGGGACUGUAUGGAAGUGGCGGGCCAGCCGCUCUGCAUCCUGGUCUUCAUGCUGGUCAUGGUCAUCGGGAACCUCGUGGUCUUGAACCUCUUCUUGGCGUUGCUCCUGAGCUCCUUCAGCGCAGACAACCUCUCAUCUCCGGAUGAGGACGGCGAAAUGAACAACCUGCAAAUUGCCAUCGCUCGCAUCCAGCGCGGGAUGCUGUGGCUCCGGCAGGCGCUCUGCGACUUCUUCAACGGGAACUUCAAGCGGCGCCGGCAGAAGGCCAAGGAGGCCAAAGCCAUGCUGAAGCUGAAGAGACUGAGCCAGCAGACGCACUGGGCCGAGGGCAACGGGACAGCCAUCAUCGAGCGCGCCGCGGAGGAUGACAGCUACAUGACCAACCCCAACCUCACCAUCAGCGUCCCCAUCGCGCCUGGAGAGUCCGACCUGGAGUUCCCUGAGGAAGAUGACGAGGAGGAGGAGGAGGAGGAGGAAGAGGAAGAGGAGCAGGACAAUGAAAAUGAUGACACCAGCCUAUCAGAGGGCAGCACGAUUGACCUCAGGAAACCCGGCGAGGAAGAGGAUGAAUACUCUGAGACGGCUGAAGAGGCCAUGGAUCCAGAAAACUGCCUUCCUGACUUUUGUGUACGUCACUUUAAGUGCUGUGAUAUCAACACGUCCGAGGGUCUGGGUCGAGCCUGGUGGCGUCUGAGGAAGACAUGUUAUCAGAUAGUGGAGCACAGCUGGUUUGAGACCUUCAUCAUCUUCAUGAUCCUCCUCAGCAGUGGAGCGCUGGCAUUUGAAGACAUUUACAUUGAACAAAGGAAAGUGGUCAAAGUGGUGCUUGAAUACGCAGACAAGAUCUUCACCUACAUCUUCAUCUUGGAAAUGAGUCUGAAGUGGAUCGCCUACGGUUUCAGGAAAUACUUCACCAACUACUGGUGCUGGCUGGACUUUCUCAUUGUGGCUGUGUCUCUCGUAAGCCUUGUAGCAAACACGCUAGGCUACUCGGACUUUGCUGCCAUCAAAUCUCUCAGAACGCUCAGAGCCCUCAGGCCACUGAGAGCGCUGUCCCGGUUUGACGGCAUGAGGGUGGUGGUGAACGCUCUGAUCGGCGCGAUCCCAUCCAUCAUGAAUGUGCUGCUGGUGUGUCUGAUCUUCUGGCUCAUCUUCAGCAUCAUGGGAGUCAACCUGUUCGCCGGUAGAUAUUGUCCUAUCCUAACAAACCAUACAUCAACGGAAAAUAUCAACGCCUCCUUCAUCAACAACAAGAGCGAGUGCUUGGAGAUGAACAGCACGCAGUACUACUGGACCAAAGUCAAGGUUAACUUUGACAACGUGGGCGCCGGGUACCUCUCGCUGCUGCAAGUGGCCACGUUUAAGGGCUGGAUGGAGAUCAUGUACGCCGCGGUCGACUCGCGAUCUGUGGAAGAGCAGCCCAUUAAAGAGAACAGCCUGUACAUGUACCUGUACUUCGUCAUCUUCAUCAUCUUCGGCUCCUUCUUCACGCUCAAUCUCUUCAUCGGUGUCAUCAUUGACAAUUUCAACCAACAGAAGCGAAAGUUAGGAGGACAGGACAUCUUCAUGACAGAAGAACAGAAGAAAUAUUACAAUGCCAUGAAGAAACUGGGAUCCAAGAAACCUCAGAAACCCAUCCCAAGACCUACUGUCAUCCGCUUGGCUCGAAUCGGACGAAUCCUUCGGCUCAUCCGCAGCGCGAAAGGAAUUCGGACGCUGCUCUUCGCUUUAAUGAUGUCUCUCCCGGCGUUGUUCAACAUCGGCCUCCUGCUGUUCCUUGUCAUGUUCAUCUACGCCAUCUUCGGCAUGGCCAACUUCGCCUACGUCAAGAAGCAAGCCGGCAUCGACGACAUGUUCAACUUCGAAACGUUCGGAAACAGCAUGCUCUGCCUCUUCCAGAUCACAACGUCGGCCGGAUGGGACAAUCUGCUCAGUCCAAUCCUCAACAACUCUCCGGAAGAGUGCGACCCGGAUGUUCCUCACACCGGGACGAACGUUCGCGGAAACUGCGGGAAUCCUUCGGUGGGCAUCACGUUCUUCGUGACCUACAUUAUUAUUUCGUUUCUCAUCGUGGUGAACAUGUACAUCGCGAUUAUAUUGGAGAACUUCAGCGUGGCCACCGAGGAGAGCACGGAGCCGCUGAGCGAGGACGACUUCGAGAUGUUUUACGAAGUCUGGGAGAAGUUCGAUCCGGAGGCGAUGCAGUUCAUCGAAUACUCCAAACUCUCGGAUUUCGCCGACUCGCUUUCCGAGCCGCUGCGCAUCACUAAACCCAACAAAAUCAAACUGAUUUCCAUGGACCUUCCGAUGGUGAGCGGCGACAAGAUCCAUUGUUUGGAUAUUCUCUUCGCGUUCACCAAACGCGUUCUUGGAGAGUCGGACGAAAUGGACGCGUUGAAGCAACAAAUGGAGGAGAAGUUCAUGAUGGCGAACCCGUCCAAGAUCUCCUACGAACCGAUCACGACGACGCUUCGGCGCAAGCAAGAGGACGUUUCCGCCGCUAUAAUCCAGCGCUCGUAUAGGAGGCAUCUAAUGCGGCGCCAGCUAAAACAAGCCUCGCUGCUUUACCGUCAACUCCACAUGCCAGACUCCGCCAAAGACGGCGACAGUUCACCGGAGAACGAAGGACUUAUAGUUGCGAUGAUCAUGGAGAACUACGGCGCCGAGGUCGAAGUUACGGAAACGCUCUCGGCUACUUCGUGUCCGCCAUCCUACGACAGCGUCACGCGAGCGACUAGCGAGCUUUUUCACGCUCUAAUCCCGGAGGCCGCGAACACGGACCUCAGCGAGCCUUUGACAGACCGAGAUCGCGAGACGUUUCUGUGACGACGGACGUCUUUUCCUUUUGUUUACCGAAUGUAACAUAGACACAAAAUCCUGUGGUUGUGCAUCGGAGGCUUUUGUAAACUCUUAUUUCUCUUGUGGUUCACGUUUGUUUCGAAGGGGAAAGUGUCACACUGAACAUGCACACCUUCACAGUUUGAAUGCAUGAAUGAGAUCCGUAGUCGCAGUUAUAGAGGAUGCAAUCAUCAUAUAUUAGACAGAAAGCAAUGCAUUUUAAUCAAAGCGUCAGCCUGACUGUAAGUUCAUUAGAGGUCUUACUUAAAAAGGCGUGAUUCCUUUUAAGAUUUGAGAUAAUGCAUUUAGCGGUGCAUCCAUGUAAAUGUUAUCCUACUUCAUGCCGUUUUGGAAAGCAUGACGAUUACCUCUUUCUUUAGCGAUGAAACGCAGUGGUUUAGUAUUUCCACUUUGUUUUUUUUUUUGCCAUUUUUUCCGAUGUUUCGCUCAAUGCCGUCACAAGGUGCAGAUAUCGUCUAGUAAAAGACAAUCAGACAUGCACCAGAAAUGGUCACUCGCUUAAAACCUGUCUUUACUAACUUCUAGCGAACUAUUGCACAUGCUUCCUUUCGAACGCGCCACACAUUUGUUUCUAUGGUGAAGUAUUUAUUUUGCAUGUGGAAACUGCAUGGUAUGGAGGGGUUAACGAGAACACUUUCUUUUUAAGGCUGAGAAUAAUUGUUUUGCACACUAUACGUUCAGCAAUAAUCUGCUACAUUUAGGAAUAUCAUUAAUGAUACUUAUUGGAAUUGAAAACGUGUCAAAGUUUCUACUGUAACGGCCUCCAGCUGUAACUGUGGCUUAUACGACUAGUGAAGAUUAUAGCACACGUGUUUUUCUAUCUCAAACUGACUUUAGGAGUUCAGUCCGCUCGAACACGGGUUGGCAGGUUUGGUGAAGGGCUGUUUUAUGUAGCAAUAGAUCCCAAGUGUGCCUGCUAGAACUUAAUCCUGUGUUUAUAAUUCAUCUUUCUUCAUGCAUUUGUUUUGUUUUUUGUAAAUCAUCCGCAGACUCACCAUAAAUAGCAUCAAACGCAAACCGUUCCAUUGGCAUGUUUAUAAGAAUUGACUUCACAUAUU